UCCUCCCGCUUCACCGACCCUUUGCGAGGCCUCGGAUUGGCUGGCUGCCUCUGCCUAUCAAAGGGAAGCAGCCCUUCAAGUGCUGGGCGUCUAACGCUUGUCACCCGAGCAUAUUGGGAUAGAGGCGGGACAAGGAAGGUGUCAAAAAGAGUACAGUUGCUCUUUUUGUUUGUUGCCAUUGUGGUAAGCGGUUGGUGGAGCUCGAGCAUGUCUUCCCACAAGACGUUCAAGAUCAAGCGGUUUCUCGCUAAGAAGCAGAAGCAGAACCGUCCCAUCCCGCAAUGGAUCCGCAUGAAAACUGGCAAUAAAAUCAGAUACAACUCCAAAAGGAGACACUGGAGGAGGACCAAGCUCGGCCUGUAAAGAGAAGCAGCUCCAAUCUUACCAGCACAACCCUGUAUCUUGCAUCAAACUGUCAAGCGCCAGAAUGGUCUCUUCCUAUCAACCUGCCACAUUAUCAGGGCUGGAAUUCUGUCUUGUGCUGUGCAGUCUCCCCCCUUUGUAGAAAUAUUUGUUAUUACAAAUAUUACUGAAUAAAAAACUGAAUGAUGAGGAAAAAAGAGUACAGUUUAUGGCUUAGGAGAAUGUUUUCUUCCAUAGAAAGUGUUUAUUUACUUAUGUAUUUACUGCACUUAUUUGGGAUUUUUCUGCUAAGCCACUGCAAGGGGUGUACAAUUUAAAAUACAGUGGUACCUCGACUUACGAAGACAAUCCGUUCCGUGGCUGUCUUCGUAAGUCGAAGUCUUCGGUUGCCGAAGCGCCCAUUCUGCACCUGCGCGAUUUCGCACUUCUGCACAUGCGCUGACCGCGCUGCUUC